AGGAACUGGUUCUUUACUGGGUAUCCAUGAAAUAGUUAUCUCAGGAGUUGAAUCUUUACUGUCAGAGCUCUUAAUAUGAGCAGCUGUUUUUUUUAUUUUCCAAAUAGGUGUGAAUCUGUGAAAAAGUCAGGAGCUGUUUUUUAUUACUUUGGCUUUUGUACUUAGUAGGUGAAAUAUUAAUCUCCUGCCAUAUUCUUGUGAAUAAUUAGCUACGUAUUGUCACCAGUCUGCAUUUUAUCGAGGAGGUUCAGCAGUGUUCAUACCCCUCACGCUGUGGACAGCGCCCCCCCAAUCAGCAAAGAACCAACGAUCAUUGUGACUUUGGGAACAUUGGAAAGAAAGCAGCGGUGCUAAUCUGGGCUGGUGUCCUCACAGGCAAACAUGUCUGACUACCAGAUCAGGCUUUACAAGGACUCGGACUAUGAGAGGGUUCGAGAGAUCUUUGCUAAUGGCAUGAAAGAACAUUCCACCAAAGCUUUCCAAAUUUCGCUCCGUCUCCCACGUAUCUGGAUCUUUUUGCUACUAAUGUUCCUUCUUCUCUUCUGGAUCACUGGGUCAUUCCUGAUGUCCGUUCUAGCUGUGAUCAUUGAUAUAGGGCUCUUAUUUUGCAUCCAUAAGCUCAUCUACACGGUCUAUGCCAGCUACUGUCUAAAAGACGACUUGUUGGAUAUACAAAAAUAUUAUCUCCAGCGAGACGGUUACUGCUUCUGGGUAGUAGAGUCAUCAGGAGAGAUAGCAGGGAUGGUAGCUGCUAUGCCCUCACCAAAUCCUGGAGGAGAGAGACAAGUGGAACUCAAGAGGUUGUCAGUUCCUAGAAAAUACCGAGGCAAGGGAAUUGCUAAGGUCUUGUGCAGGACAGUUAUUGACUAUGCCCGGAAGAGAGGCUGUGAGGCGGUGGUCUUGGAGACCUCAUAUCCUCAAGUUGAUGCCUGGAAGAUGUAUGAGAAGAUGGGUUUCAAAAGAACGAGAAGCUUCUUUACCCCAACACUUUUAGGAAGACUCCUCUGCUUCAGGGUCCUGCUCUACCGGUACGACCUGCCUGUUCCCAGGUGAAAAUAUAUAUUUUUAAGAAGUCUCAAAUUCAACGAGGCUCCGAUAUCACUAAUCCUAUUCACCCAGCAUUAAAAUAAAUCUGAAACCUUCA